GAAUUGGUAGACAAUCGCUGUUUGGAGGUCGAACAACAAAUGAGGUGAGCGGAGAGCAAUUGCAGCGAAAGUGAUAUACCCUUGGAGUAAGCGGAUGCUCGGAGGAAUCGUCUCGGGCUCGAUACGAAGCACGCGACGCCACUUUGCUCUGCGUCAGCAAGCCCAAUCCUACGUCCAACUUAACCUCACUCCUGCCCAUAUCAUGUGGUGCUAGAAGCCUGGGAGAAAAGACCGGUGCAACAGACCAGGACCAGCUCGCAAGGAAGUCGCAAAGCAAUGGCGGCCUCCAAUGGAAGCUCCGACUGGCAGCCGCCGGAACUGCACGUCUCGCCGCCGACAUGGUACCAACUUCCGCUACAGAACAUGACGGCGACAAUACUCUUGGCCACUGUCGUUGUCAUCAUCGUCACUAGAAUCGCGAGCAGCAGCAACACCAAGUCAAGACAUCAAAAUGGCGCUCUCACAGUACCGGCUCAUCCAUACUGGCUCCCUCUCCUUGGCCAUAUUCCCCAAAUGGGCUUGGAUGGAGAGUCAUUCCUGAAUGGACUUCGCUCGAUCUACCGAAACGGAGCAUUCGCGUUGAACUUCGGCGGCAGUCGUCACAAUAUUGUGUACACGCCAGGCCAUGUCACUGCUCUGAUAAACGCGAAGAAGGAGAACGCAGACGCGGAAACGGUGGCCAAGAAAUUGAUGAUCAACCUCUUCUGCUUUCCGAAAAACGAGUUCGACAAGUACGAUGCAGCGUACAAGGAGCUGGUCGAAUGUUAUCGAGAGAUCCUCACCAAUCCUGGAUUGGAGCACAUGAUGAACAACACAGCACGUCGCGCACAAGACAACAUCAACAACUUGGUCUCCUACCUCGAAAGUCCCGUUGACCAGAUGCCAUGGGAAAAGAAGGCCAACACUGUUCUCCUGGUCGACGAAGCAGACGGCAAAUCAGCUCCUCCUUCAGUCGUUGAAGCUAGCCUCUUUCCUCUUCUUAGAGAUUUCGUCGCUUGGACAGCGGUCCCCUCGAUCGUGGGUACAGACUUCCUCGCCAACUACCCAGAAUUCAUCCAAGACGUCUGGACCUUCGACAUGGGUUUCCUCAUGAUGGCCGCAUCUCUCCCCCGAUGGCUUCCCAUUCCCGCUCUAACUCGCGCACACAUCGCCCGAAAGGCCUGCGUUGAGAAAUUAGACACCUUCCACGAGAACCUAGAAAAGUACUUCGAAGGUCAACCUCUCGAAUCAAAAUGGUCUUCGCUCGACGACAUCAGCACCCUAAUCCGCGCCCGCACAGAAGUCUACCGCAAACACAACUUCUCCAUCCGCGCCCGAACAGCAAUCGACUGGGCUCUGAUGUGGGCAGCGAACGCAAACUCUAACUCCUUCGUCUUCUGGAUGAUCAACAGAAUCUACGAUGACCGCGUCCUGCUCGCUCAACUUCGAGAAGAAAUUGCACCCUACGUGACAAUAACUCAAGAACGCACCGGUCUACCCAUCGAGCCUUCACCCCAAAUCACAAAAAUCGAUGUCGAUCGUUUAUGUGAUUCUUGUCCUCUUCUCAAAAGCGUCUACGUCGAAACUUUACGCCUCGACACAGCCCCCUGGUCCUUCAAAGCCGUAAACCAAGACUUCAUCCUCCAAUCCCGCGAAAAAGGCGCCGAACCUCUCCUCCUUCGAAAAGGCGAAUACGUUCACGCCGCGCAUGAUCUUCACAAUACCGAUCCAAACUACUGGAACGAUCCCAUGACUUUCAAACCCGAUCGUCAUAUCAAGAAAGACUCGGACGGAAAAUCUACGGCUGAUUUGGGUAGUAUUCGACCUUAUGGUGGUGGGGCAAGUAUGUGUAAAGGUAGAGCUUUUGCGUUGAAGGAGGCGAUGACGUUUACUGCGACGAUUAUUUCUUUGUGGGAGAUUGAGCCGAAGGGUGGGGGGAAGUGGAAGAUGCCGAAGCAUAAGAAGGCUACGGGGACGUAUACUACGACGGAGGAUACGAGGGUUUGGAUUAGUAGGAGGAAGUUGGAUUUGUGAGUGGAAGAGAAGAGAAGAAGAGUUCUUGGGUUCGGUGAGCGGGAUGAUAUGGUGUUGUUCGGUGUUCACUGGAUAGAUCUCUCGUCGUCGAUAUGCUGAUGAGGCUGGUCGAUAGUAUUGCGCUCAUGGGAUGUUUAGGAGAGUCCUGCAAAGUGACCAGACGCGUGUUAUAUCUGAACUUCACCUCUCUUUAGAGCUCGCGUGCCCUUUCCGUCCGCUCGAGGGUACCCAAGGUUGCGCCUU